UUUUCGCCCCUCUCGAAUUGUCGCGAUCGUUCGACCCAAAUUCUACUGGUGUUGGAGUUCGGAUUGAUCGUCUUCCCCAGUUUUGUCCAUUGGAAUCGAAGCGAUAAUGGACGGGCGUGGGCAAGCUGAGGUUCGUAAUCCGGCGGCGGAAGAUCCGGAGGCGUCAGGAGAAGCUUCCGUCGAGGAACAACGAAGAGAACAGGAGCGAGAAAGGAGGAGCGUGGAUGAUGAGCUUAUGGAUGAAGCACAGAGGCUUAUAGAGAAGAUCACUUCCACUGCUAAUAACCCUAGUCCUGCUGUUCUCCAUGCUCUUAGCAAUCUCCUCGAAUCGCAGGAGUCUCUGUACAUUGCGGAAAAUGCGAACUCUUCUUCCAAUGGCCGUGGUAGUCAUAAUAUUGGCAAGUUGUGUAACCUUAUAAGGGAUAAUGACGACUUCUUCGAACUGAUAUCGUCAACUUUUCUUUCCGAGAAUACUUACUCUACAGCGGUACAUGCGGCCUCUGCAAGGCUGCUACUGAAUUGUUCCCUUACUUGGAUGUAUCCCCAUGUUUUCGAUGAAACUGUUUCGGAGAAUUUUAAAGGUUGGGUCAUGAAUGAAGAUGUCAAAUUUCCGGGUGAAGACCCGGGCAGGAAGGAAGUGUCAGAUUCUGAAAUGUUAAAGACUUAUGCUACAGGACUUCUUGCUCUAUCUUUGCAGAGUGGUGGUCAACUUGUGGAAGAUGCCUUGACGUCGGGUUUAUCUGCCAAGCUGAUGCAUUAUCUUCGAGUAAGGGUGAUUGGGGAGACAAGCACGAACCGGAAAGAGGCCCUUCACUCUAAGGAUCCCAAGCAUAUAUCACUAAAAGAAAAGGAAGAAGCUCGGAGUCGGGUGCGGAAGCUGGUGGAUACAGCUCAAGUUGAUGCUGCGAGGGUGCUGGAUGACAGAAACUCAAAUGAUCAUGCUGCUGAGAGGGAUAUGGGCAGAGAGAUGGGACAAUCUGAUGCUAGGUGUGAUGGCGGGGCGGAUAGUGAUUGUGGGGAAAGAUGGGAUAUCUCGGGUGGUGAAGUGAAACCUGGGGAUGAUGAUUGUGGAGGAGAGGAUCCCUCAAAACGCAGGCUCAACCGGUCAAAAACCAAGGGUAGAGGUAGGGUUAAUGAAGGCACAGCCGAUAAUGAUGUUGCAUUUGCGUCUCCUGGAUCAGAUUGUCGUCGGGUUGUCAGAGAGAGAGGUCUGUCUAAAAUUUCAGAUCCGAAAAUCACAGAAGAAAGGAGAAGAAGUCAGGGAAAUAUGAACACUGGUGCUGUGUACGAAGAAAGAGAGGAGAAUGAUGAGUGUUUUCAAGGGUGCAUUGUUGGAACUAUAGACGUAACUAAUUUAGUGAAGAAAGCUGUUGGAGCUGCUGAAGCAGAAGCUAGAGCUGCCAAUGCUCCUGCUGAUGCCGUCAAAGCUGCUGGUGAUGCUGCCGCUGAACUUGUUAAAACUGCUGCUUUGGAGGAAUUCAAGGCCUCCGGCAAUGAAGAAGCUGCUGUUUCUACUGCUUCUCGAGCCGCUUCGACUGUCGUAGAUGCUGCCAUUGCGACUGAAGCUUCGAGGACCUCCAGUUGCGUCACUUCAGAGCGGACUACAAAUCCAAAUAGGGAGGAAACCCGAGCAGCUGAGGAUGUCAAGGAAGUUUCACUUCCGGAUACUGAAUCCUUGGCCCAGUUACAGGAGAAAUAUUGCAUUCAGUGCCUUGAGAUAUUAGGAGAAUAUGUUGAGGUUCUUGGGCCGGUACUACAUGAAAAAGGGGUUGAUGUCUGCAUUAUGCUGCUGCAACGCAAUUCCAAAUGCGGUAAAUUGUCAAAGGUCUCACCUUUGUUGCCUGAUGUUAUGAAGUUAAUUUGUGCUUUGGCUGCACACCGGAAAUUUGCUGCAAUGUUUGUUGACCGAGGUGGAAUACAGAAGCUACUUGCUGUUCCAAGGCUUAAUGAGACAUUUUUUGGUCUUUCAUCGUGCUUAUAUACCAUAGGCUCUCUUCAGGGGAUCAUGGAACGUGUCUGUGCUCUCCCAUCAGAUGUCAUCCAUCAGGUGGUUGAAUUAGCUAUCCAGCUUCUAGAAUGUUCCCAGGAUCAAGCCAGAAAAAACGGAUCCUUAUUCUUCGCUGCUGCUUUUGUCUUCAGAGCCAUUCUAGAUGCAUUUGAUGCUCAGGAUGGUUUGCAGAAGUUCCUUGGGAUUCUUAAAGAUGCUGCCUCGGUUAGGACCGGUGCAAAUUCUGACCGGUCAGCUCCUGAAGUCAUGACAUCUUCAGAGAAACAGAUGGCUUUUCAUACCUGUUUUGCUUUGCGCCAAUAUUUUAGGGCUCGUCUUCUUUUACUCGUGGAUUCCAUCCGACCUAACAAAAGUAGCCGAGGUGGUGUACGAAAUGUUCCCAAUAUACGGGCUGCGUAUAAACCGCUAGACAUCAGCAAUGAAGCAAUAGAUACUGUCUUUCUUCAGUUACAAAAGGAUAGGAAGUUGGGUCCUGCCUUUGUCCGUACUCACUGGCCUGCGGUCAUUAAAUUUUUGGCCUCUUCCGGACAUGUUACCAUGUUGGAGUUGUGUCAGACACCACCGGUUGAUCGUUAUCUGCAUGACCUGCUCCAGUAUGCCUUUGGUGUUCUUCACAUAGCUACAUCUGUACCUGCCGUACGCAAAGCAAUCGUCAAUGCCAAUCUGAGCAAUAAUCGUGUUGGCAUUGCUGUCAUCCUCGAUGCAGCAAAUAUCACCAACAGCAUCGUGGACCCUGAGAUCAUACAACAAGCGCUGAAUGUCUUAAUCAAUCUAGUGUGUCCUCCACCUUCAAUCAGCAACAAACCCCCAACCGAGACAAGAAAGGAAGAUCGUAAUGUUUCUGAUCGAACUGCCGAUGUUUCAGCAGGUACUCAGUCCACUGCCAAUGCUUUGCAAACUCCGUCAUCAGGAUUGGUCGGGGACCGGAGAAUAUCAUUAGGAGCCGGAACAGGUUCUGCUGGUCUUGCUGCUCAAUUGGAACAGGUUUAUUGUCUAGCACGAGAGGCGGUUCGUAACAGCAAUGGUAUAAAGAUUCUUUUGAAUCUUCUUCAGCCCAGAAUAUACGUUACCCCUCCUGCUAGCCCCGAUUGUCUUCGAGCUCUCGCUUGCAGAGUCCUUCUGGGUUUGGCUCGAGAUGAUGUAAUUGCACAAAUACUGACUAAACUUCAGGUCGGUAAGAGGCUUUCGGAAUUAAUUCGAGAUUCUGGUGGGCAAAGUGGAACGGAACACUGCAGAUGGCAAGCUGAACUUGCUCAGGUGGCUCUCGAGCUUAUUGCGAUAGUGACAAACUCGGGACGUGCCACUACUGCAUUAACAGCUACCGAUGCGGCGACUCCGACAUUACGACGCAUAGAAAGAGCCGCCAUUGCUGCGGCAACGCCUAUAACGUAUGACUCUAAGGAGCUUCUACUCCUUAUUCAUGAGCAUCUCCAGGCGUCUGGUCUUUCCAAAAGUGCUACUGCUCUGUUAAAGGAGGCUCAGUUAAUGCCUCUGCCUUCUUUGGCUCCGCCUUCUUCCAUUGCAUAUUCCUCUUCUCAGGAGAUAUCGACAUCUGUGGCUCAACAACAAUGGCCCUCAGGUCGUGUUAAUGGCGGAUAUUUCUUCACCAGCAAACCAAAAGUCGGUGCAAAUGAGGAAGACCCUGGUUCGAGAUGCAAUCGGGCUUCAUCUGCCAAAAGGAAACAGUUAGCUUUUACCCCGAGUUUCAGUUUCCAGCUGAGAAACCAACUCCUCUCCCAUGAUUCACAACUUCAUUUUACACCGAAGCUAAGUACCAGUUCAAGAUCAUACCCUGCUUGUGCAGAUACAUCGGAAGUUCCUGCAGAAUCAGCUGCACCCAAGACCGGUCUUGACCCGGACGCUCAGUUUAAGACCCCGGUUAUAAUGCUAAGGAAACGGAAAUUUUCCGAGCUGAAAGACUCGGGCCUGUCAGUUUCGGGUAAGAGGAUCAAUACCGGCGAAUUGGGACCCCGUUCUCCAGCUUGUCCAACACCGAUUUCUUUCCGAAGGAGUUUUCUCCUUGCAGAUGGCGCUGACCAGUCGGGGAGCUCGAGAAUGAGUCAGAUAACUCCGGCUUCUCAGCAAAAGCUUUCAAACUUACCGCAGCCUUCAAAUUCUGAACGUUUAACCCUAGACUCCCUUGUGGUUCAGUACUUGAAGCAUCAACACAGGCAGUGCCCCGCUCCCAUCACGACUCUUCCGCCUCUGUCUCUCAUGCAUCCGCAUGUCUGUUCUGAACCUAAACGGGCACUCGAAGCUCCGAUCAACAUCACGGGCCGUCUCGGAACACGUGAGCUCCAGAGUUUCUAUGGAGGGGUCCAUGGAAAUCGUAGGGAUCGUCAGUUUGUUUUCAGCAGAUUCAAGCCUUGGAGAACUUGCCGGGAUGAGGUGGGCACCCUGUUUACGUGCAUUACGUUUCUCGGAGACUCUUCCCAUAUAGCGGUCGGUAGUCACUCUGGAGAGGUGAAGAUAUUUGAUUCCAACUCCGGCAACGUGCUCGAGAGUUGCUCCGGUCACCAGUCUCCGGUUACGGUUGUUCAGUCGUACGUUUCUGGUGAGUCGCAGUUGUUACUUUCUUCGAGCUCCAUGGAUGUACGGCUCUGGGAUGCCUCUUCUGUCACUGGUGGGCCUACUCACUCUAUCGACGGAUGCAAGGCCGCGAGAUUCAGCAACUCAGGCAAAUGUUUCGCUGCCCUUUCUUGCGAAGCGCACAGAGAAAUCCUUCUCUACGAUGUCGAGACAUGCAGGUUGGAGAUGAAACUGACCGACUCGUCCUCCAGCUCUACUUCUCGAGGUCAUGCCUAUUCUCUCGUACACUUCAACCCUUCGGAUUCGAUGAUACUGUGGAACGGUUCUCUGUGGGACCCGCGAGUACCCGACGCGAUAAGACGCCUUGAUCAGUUCUCGGAUUAUGGCGGCGGUGGUUUUCAUCCUUCUGGGAACGAGGUGAUCAUAAACUCUGAGGUCUGGGAUCUGAGGAACUGCAGGCUUCUUCGAAGCGUGCCAUCGCUGGACCAAACGGCGAUAACGUUCAACUCGAGCGGAGAUGUCAUAUACGCGAUACUGAGGAGAAACCUCGACGAUGUGAUGUCGGCUGUUCACACACGACGCGUUAAACACCCGUUGUUCGCCGCAUUCCGUACUCUCGAUGCCAUAAACUACUCGGACAUCGCUACCAUACCCGUCGACCGUUGCGUCCUCGACUUCACGACGGAACGGAUGGACUCCUUCACUGGUCUGCUCACAAUGGACGACCAGGAAGAAAUGUUUUCCUCGGCCAGGAUCUACGAGAUCGGCAGGAGACGACCCACUGACGACGAUUCUGACCCCGAUGAUGCCGAGACAGACGAUGACGAAGAAGGGGACGAUGAAGAUGACGACGAUGACGGUGACUUGGACCCUAUUCUCGGACCAGAUGGUGAUGGCAGCGACAGCGGAGAUGAGGAUAGCUUUAGCAGCGACGAUGAUGAAAACGACGAGGACGAAAGCGCGAGCGAUUUGGAGGAGGAAGAGAGGCAGUUGCUGUUGGACGGCGGCGCUGGUUUGAUCGAGAUCUUCACCGAGGCUGAAGACGACGACGAUGAGGCGAUGAAUGAUUCGAUGAGCAGUGAUGAAGAUGACUAUGUGGGCAAUAUGCUUUCCUUCCAUGGCUGACUCUCCCCCUCUUUUGAGUUUGAGCUCGAGAUGCCAAAAACUGCUGCUUUUUUUACCAUUACCCUUUUAUGGUUUUUUUCAAAGUUUUGAUAAUAAUGUAAUUAUCAAUUAUAUAGAUAUAUCAACCUUUUGUAUCCGAUAUACCGCCCCAAAGCCGUCGAUAUGUACAGUAUGACAUGGAAUGCUUUGUCUUUGCAUUCA